AAAAUGUAUUUACUUCAACCGGCAACAUUAUCCAUUUAAUUAAGGAAGACUUGUCUAAUUAUCUAUUGGCCGAUAUGCCUAAUCAUUUUCUCAAUUGACAAAUAUGGAAUAUGAGUAAGUUGUUUGUUUGUAUGUGUAACCGUGAAUCAAGAAAUGAGUUCCUUCUCCUCUACUGUUUCAUCAAGAACUCAUUUGAAUCAAGAUCUCCUCUACGAUUUCAUUACGAACCCCUUUCAUUUUAGCAAACUGUGUUGAUGCUUUAUUGGUUCGGUAUACCAGAGUAAGCGAUAAUGUUUUUUUAAUUAAUUAACUGAUUAACACCAACUAUGUAAAGAGAUGAAUUGAUGAGUUCACUGCUGUAGCACCAAGACCAAGAGGAAAUGAUGUUGUAGCUAUGUUUUUUGAGAAAGUUCACUAGUUGUGGAUUCGCCAUUUAUAUUCAUGUAUUAUUAUUUGAAUAAUUAUUUGUUUGAUGUAUGUAAAUGAUUGCAAGUUUUUUUUCUUAGUUUAGAUCUAAAAUAGUUUUUACGAAUCAGCGGAAGCAAAGUUUUGUUAGGAGUAGCAAGAAAGCAAGAUUAGGCUCGAACGAAAAUUGGAAAUUUUGGCUUGUUGAAUCCGGCACCGUAUGAAUUGGCUAUUUUGAUUCUUUUGAAUAUAAACAGCAAGUUGUUUUUGGUAUAGAAGAUAUACUAGAUGCAAUUGUGAUAAUGUUGAUAAUCAUAAGGAUGAUUAAGGCUAAGAGUAUGAGUUUAACAAUGGAAUUUGCUAAUCAUAUAAAUCAUUUCCUUGUUACGCCUUUAGUCAUCACCUUGAUUAUAGGUUUUGUUUGGAUGGUCACCAUCUUAAAACGCUACCUCCUUAAUCGAACGAUCAGAACUAACAACUUGCUGUCAAGAAGUUUUACAUCUCCUCCUGUUGUUCCUGGCUUACCAAUAAUAGGAAAUCUACGGCAGCUAAAAAAUAAGAAAAUUCACCAGAUUUUAGCUAACUGGGCAGAAAUCUAUGGACCCAUUUACUCCAUCAAAGUAGGAGCUUUUACUAUUGUUAUUCUCAAUAGUACUGAUGUUGUCAAAGAGGCAAUAGCGACUAAAUUCUCAUCCAUCUCAAAGAGGAAGCUUACGAACGCGAUGCAAACUCUUGCAACAGAUAUUAUUAUUACAAGUGACACCAAUGAAUUUCAUAAGAUGGCAAGACGACACAUAGUCAGUAGUGUGUUGGGAGCCGGUGCUCAGAGACGACAUCGGGAACACAGAGACACCAUGAUGGAUAACAUAGUGCGUAACUUACAAGCCCAUGCCAAGGAAAAUCCUCUCAAACCUGUAAACUUCAGACUGAUAUUCCAAAAUGAAAUGUUUAGUCUAACUUUGAAACAAGCAUUGGGAAUGGAUGCAGUAGGGUCUUCAAAAUAUAUUGAGGGGCUUGGUGAAACUUUGUCAAGAGAUGAGAUCUUGAAGGUUUUAGUGUUGGAUCCACUGUCGGGAGGGACUGAGGUGGAAUGGAGAGACUACUUCCCAUAUCUGAGAUGGCUUCCCAAUAAAAGCUUUGAAUUGGACAUCGGAAGGAUGGUGACACGCAGGCUAGAAGUGAUGAAAACACUUAUUGAGGAGCAACAGAAAAGAAUUUCUUCAGGAGAGGGAAUUAACUGUCACCUGGAUUGGUUGAUGUCCGAAGGGAAAACUCUUACAAAGACACAAAUAAGCAUGUUGAUCUGGGAAACCAUUUUGGUAGGUUCAGAAACAACUUUACAAACUGCAGAAUGGGCCAUGUAUAAACUUGCAAAACAUCCUACAUAUCAGGAUCACCUCUUCUAUGAGAUUCAAAAGGUAUGCGGAAACAAUAAAUGCACCGAGGAGCAGUUUUCAGAGGUUACAUACUUGAGCGCUGUAUUUCAUGAAACCUUGAGAAGGUACCCCCCUAUACCUAUCGGUUCUCUGAGAAAUGUACACCAAGAUACUCGACUAGGAGGGUAUGACAUUCCUGCUGGAACUCAGGUUGCCGUCAAUUUUUAUGGUUGUAAUAUGAACAAAAAACAAUGGGAUUCACCGGAACAGUGGAAACCCAAGAGAUUCUUAGACAGUAAUCAUGAUCUUAGGGAUCUUUACAAGACUAUGUCAUUUGGAGGAGGAAAGAGAGUCUGUCCAGGAGCUCUGCAGGGACGUUCGGUUACUUGCAUUGCUAUUGCUAGAUGCAUUCAAGAGUUUAAGUGGAGUUUGGAGUUAGGAAGGCAGGAAGAAGAUAUAACUCCAGAGCUCCAUCCUUUGCUAGCAAUCAUCACUCCAAGAUAAUAACAGUGAGGGAGCCAAGAUAAACAGGAGAGUGCCGAUAUAUUUGUUUCUUUGUGAACAUUAAAGGGUCACGAGUUACGCACCAAAAUGGUCCAUUCUGGUGAAACUGUACAUUUGAUAAUUUCCAUCUGUUUCACUCUUGCAAAGGUGAUUUAAUGGAUCAAGGUGAGCUAGGGCUCAGCUCCUUUAUGUGCGAUUUAAUUGGCUUUUGUGCAAGAGCGACAUUUCCUUUACUGCCAGCAUAUUUUCUUCUCUUAUUAAAACCAAAAAUAAAUAAAUAAA